GAGAUUAUUCAGUGUGCUGGCGGCGCUUAGUCCCGUUUUGUGGCCCUUUUGGCUACGUUGCGACCGCGUCUGACCCUUCGAACAAAGGGCGCCAGUUUUAAUUAUGAACAAUAAAAACGACAACAAAUGGCGGCCUAUGGCCAUAUCGAAUCCGUCUACCAAACUGAGAUUGGCGAGGAACAUGCCUCAAUGGGUGAACAAGAGCGGAUCCAGCGGCAUUCCGCCUCCGCCGGUGCCUAAAGACGAAAACGUUAUAUCCAGAUAUACGAACAAGCACCCUGGUCAGGAGCCUGAUUAUGAAAUUAUCGAUUUCGGACAACAAUACUCUAACGCUCAGGCAGUGAUGCCAAAAACCGCAACACUUACCAAAACGCACAUACUAAAACCCUGUCAGCUAUGCGGUUCGACGUCGCCGUCGGUGUCUGUACACUGCGAACAGUGUAUUCAGAAUUUCUGCCUUUCCUGCGACGACAUGUACCACCGUCACCCAAAGAGGCAAACCCAUAUAAGAAGGAGAGUCGAAGGAAAGGGCACGCAGUCUAUUAGACCCCCCUUGCCACCCAAGGGCGAAGUUCCGAGCGUACCCGUGCCGCCCCCCAGAAGACACAGGAGAGCCGGUUCCGUCGGCCCCUCGCCUUGCCCCACCCCCAUUCCGCUGAGACAGAAUCAGGGAUUCUCGUCGUUCACGAUGCCCAGAAGGGACGACAACAGUUUCGCAGAUAAAACCAACAGUCUGAGGAGGGGGUCCAGUUUGGGUACGAGACCCUUACCGCCCACUCCAAAUUUCGUAAACUAUCCGAGUUUCAGAGCGAGUUCUUUGGUUCCGAGCAGUCCCACCAGGUCAGAGGACUCUAGACACAUGCAAAUGCCCAGCCCGAGUCCCUCUCUGCAACAAAGGUACCGUCAACAUCAACUGGCAAUGAGAGGAACCACUCCGAAUUUACCCCUGGCCGUCACCGACUCCGAUCAGCCUUCCAGCAGAGACAGCGGAUACCCGGAGUGGGAUCAGUGGAACCGGCGCAGUCGGACCGGGAGUGUAUCGGGCUCAGAAACGGGAUCAAGACUGAGCAGGAAACUCAGCAACACUUCGUGCCCGCCACCGGGCAGAGUUCUCCCCCACAGCACAUCGGUGUUCGAUUUGAACAACUCUCUGCCGCACUACCAUCACCAUCACGGGUUCUUACCGAUGCAACAGGCCCACUCCAUGGCUCAGCUAAACUAUCCGCCUUGCCACCCUAACCAGUGGCCGCCCGAACAGUGCUGCUGCGAGUCCCAGCACGGCAGCAACAUGAGUAUAAAUGCAGGCGGUUAUCCGCCGAACCCUAUGUGGAUGGGCACGUGGCACGGGCCCCCCGUGUACCCGUACCCCCGAGGGUACCGCGCCUGCAGCCACUCGAGGGCCGCGUCGCCCACCCACAGCGUCAAAUCGCGAAAAUCAACGCUGAGCCGGAAAAGCAGGAGAAAGUACGAAACGUCGGAUGAGGAAGAGGCGGACGACUUCGACGAUCGGAGAUCGACUUUCAGCGAGAGGAGGUCGGUCGGAAGAUACGCGGCGACGUCCAAGGAGGCGCCCAAGGAGACCAAAAGGUCGAAACACGCCGACCGGUCCGAGAGGAUGUCCGUGAGGAGUAGGACGAGCAUACGGGCGUCUUCGUCGAGCCAAACCGACGAUGAGCAUUCGGAGAGCGAUGACGCGAUCGCGGAAGAAGAAGAAGACGAAGAAGAAUCGACGGCGGAGCGUCCGAUGCCGACUUCUCCGUGGGCGUGCCAGCACUGCACGUUCGUUAACGAACCCGGCACCAGAGUGUGCUCGGUGUGCUGUAAGACGUCGAGAACGAAGAAGGCGAGAAGAAAAGACAACGCGAAAACGGCACUUUUGCCCCAAUGUGCGCCGCACCCGGUGGCGGAAGAGGCGGCGCCGGCUAAGAAGAACGCUGGGAUGAGCGGCGACAGCGAGACCGAAUCGGUGCUCAAUCGCCUCGGCAAGGUCAGCGUCGCGACGACAGUGGCGGGCGAGAAAAUGGCCGGCCCGAAGACAGACGCGAGUGAGUUAAAUGGUGCCUUGUCAAUGGGAAAUGGUUCCGCGGCGUCGUCGAACGCGCAGAAGACGACGACAUCGACGGGAACGUCGCCUCCACCACAGCAUAUGUCAACCCAGACAUACGAAGACGUCUUAUCUCUUGGCGACAACAUUUCGACGAGAAGCCCGAGGUCCGCCAGGGGCGGAUCGGUGAGCCGAAACAGCAAGAACAGGGACUUGAAAAGAUCGCAGUCGAUGCACACCCCAUCCUCCAAAAGGGGUUCCGAAUGGUCCCUGCAUCGAUCAUCGAGCAGACUGUCGUUCACCACCGAUUCGCAAAGUUUGCCGGGGAGUCGUGAGCCAAGCCCCGCCCCCUACGACUACGACGAGGCGUAUUUCGACGGGCCCGCCCAUAAAACGGGCAAACAACAAAAGCCGCCGGUGAAUCCCAGGAUUUCUGCGAGCAUCAUGGACCUGAGGAAGCCCGAACUUUACUACCAGCGCAGGCCCAGUCAAGAUUACAGGAGUUACAGGGGAGAUCAACCGGAGCCUCUAAGUCACCACCAAAGGAGCGAAUCUCUGCACCCAGAAUAUUUAGACACCGUCGAACGAAAGGACUCGUACAAAAACCACGGCUUGGAAUUGGUCAAACUGUUGAGAGAAGCCGAGCAGUACAAGUACACCGCCGACGAGGUCCAGGCAGCGCUACUGCACUGCAAAGACGCGAACCCCAUCGAGUGGCUCAAAGAGCACUGGGACGCGACGAUAGCGAGCGUUCAAACUUUGGCCACUCAGAUGGGACGCGAAGGGCCCAUGAACAUUGUCGGCACAGUGUCCGAGAAAGAAGCCAGGGACGCCCUUAGACUGCACAAGGGCGAUUUCUGGCCCGCGGUGCAGGAGUGUGUCGAUCAGAGGCAAAAGAAAUAUACGGAAUUGGCGACGAGAGGCGAUUUCAGCCGCGAAGACAUCGUGACCGUGCUGACCACAAACCACGGUGACUUAGAGGCAGCUUACAACGAACUGAGCAAAACGCAAAUAAAACCAUUUCUGAUGCGGAUCUGGGGUCCGCCGACGGGCACCGAAAACGAGGCAGGUAAUGAGGGGGCAUCGCUGCAACAACUCAGGGGCGACGAUGUGCUAAGCGACGAAGAGAAACGACAAAAAGUCGAUGCGCAUGCGGUAAGUGAUCAUUCGACGGGGGAAAAUUUUGACACGCCCCCUCAUGUAAGUACCCCUAACCUAGAAAGUAAGCCUGCCUCGAGUGUUAGCAACCAGACCCCUACUCCUGUUGUCGAAGAUGACGGUACCGUCUUACUACAUGAAGAAAAGCCGACGCCAUCAACUCCUAAGAUAUAUGUCGAAAAGAGUAGUACCGUUAUAGAAGUCGUCGACAAUAAUUACCUGAUUCCGAUAUGCGGCGCUGAGGUCGACAAGAGCGACACUCCUGAAACGGAGAGCUCGAGCGAGAGCGACGACUUGCGUCGAGGAGAAAACGACGAGUUCGUCGACGCCACCGAUGACGUCUCGUUGCUCGCUCAAAACGUAGCCGUUCUGGCCCAGAGUCCGCCCAGAAAAGUAAGCGUCAGCACUUUGAAUAUACAACUGGUGAGUUCGCCCGCUGUAAGCUCGUUGGUCAUCGACGAUUUGAAGGAAAGCAGAGCUGAAAUUAUUUUGAAAUCCAAUAAGUCUGCCAAAGAGGCUGAUAAAGUUCCCGAGACGCAAAAGGUGAAACGCGACGGAGAGCUUGUUAAUCCUAAAAACUAUCAAGAGAUUGUAAUCCACCAGAAAAGUGAAGGGGGGCUAAAGCAAAACGACAUAAACUCUUACGGAGCGGAAGAAAAAAACCAAGAGGAAAAUAAUAAUGAAUGGAGUGUGGCACCGGAAACUGAGAACAGCAAAACGAUUGACGAAAAUAAGACAGAAAUAAAUGAAAGUGAUGGUCCUAACACUAAUAAACAAUCGCCAAAUAAAGAAGCACCAAAAGGACUCGUAGAUGAAUCGGGCGAUCAAAAUACUGACCCUGUUACUCAACAAGUACUUGAAGCGCCACCACUUACUGGAAAGGGCUACACGGGAGUCCCAGAAGGAGUACAAGAAACAUUGUCUCAGGCAGUUUCACCAAAAAAUAAUCUUAAAGAAGUAGAAGUAACGGGGUUCGAAGAUGAAAAUAGUGAAAGUAAAACUAGCAAUAAAUCGUCAGUGGCCGAGAAAGCCACUCACGAUGAAUCAGGCGGUCGGGAAAACGAGCCAGCACCUAAAAAAGACACAGUGAACGAUAUAUCACCAAUUACUGCAAAGUACCACACGGGAGACCAAAAAGAAAAUAAAGUUAUCGAUGAGCAAAAAACGUCUCAAACACCUCAGCAAAUUGAAAACAGUGCAGCAGAAGCAAAAAUCACUAAAAUAACAAUAAGCCAAAAAGGCGGACAGUACGAGAAAACAGCUAAUAUUAUUGAACAAUCCCCCUUCAUUAACAGAUUGCAAAAGAUAACUGAUGAUUUAAAAAAAAAUGAUAGAUUGUCGACAUCGGAAAAGGCAGCGAAAGAGAUACUCAAUGAGCCCGUACCUGAAAAAGAGUUAACAACAUCGAUAGAAUCACCAACUACUGGAGACCACGCCGUAGUACAAGUAGACUAUAAUGGUCUUAAUAGUCAGGAAACAUUGUCUCAAGUAGUUCAACAAAUUAAGGAUAACUCAGCACAGGCCUUUGAAAAAGCAGGGAGUACUAAAGGCGCACACUCAAUUAAUAGCCUCCAAGAUAUAUCAACAGCCACUGUAACAGAAACUCUCCACGAAUUAGCCGAUCGGACAAAUGAAGCAGUACCUGAAGGAGAGGCGAUAAUAUCGUCAACUAUUAGAAAGCCAGACGCGGUAAUCCAACAAGAGAAUAAAGAACCCAAUGGACAAGAAAUAUCGAGUCAGGCAGUUCAGAAAAUAGGCGACACUGAAGCUCAUGUUGAAAAAGCAAAUGCCACUAAAAUAACUGCCAUUCGAAAACCCACGGACAUUUCGGGUACUGAACAGGAAAAUGAAAAAAACGAUGUAAGCAACACGGAACAAUUAAAUACACCUAUUGGAGAAGGUAAUACAAGUGCAGGAACAAUUUCCUCAGAAACUAUCGCGGGUCAAUCGAAGACAUCCAGUGAACAACAGCAGCAAAACCCAAACAUUGAAGAUGUGCCUUCAAUUUGUCGAAUUAUCUCAGAAGAAGUAAUCUCUCUUACAGCAGCCCCAAAUGAGGCCACAACUCCCACAACAAUGGAGUUCCAACGAAAUGUUAAAAAUUUGCCUCCCAGCGGACCCACAUCGAAAAAGAAGCAAAAAAAAUCCCCUCGAAGGAUAAGAAAGAAGUUAGACAAAAAAAGAUCGGCAUCUAGCACGACGGAAUCAAGCAGCGAUACCCCCGAAAGCGCAGAUAAAGUAGCCGAUACAAGCGAACCACAGUAUUUACAAGUCGACGAAAUAAAACCGAAGCUGAUCAGAAAAAAACCCGUGAAAAAAACCGACAGUCAAAAAUACACCAAGUACAAAAAUGUGGUGCCCAAAGGAGAACCACCGCCAUCGCCUAUAGAGGAAAAGGAGGAAAGUGGUUUAGACAACACCACGACUCAGGCUGGUGGUCCGGGAAAGGACUUGAACAAGGAGCCUAGUAAGUCUAUGAGUGAAAGUUCAUCGUCAUUUGAAGUGAAUAACGAGGAGAAACCAGUGAGUACCACGAAAAUCCAAAUACCACAGGAUAACCAGACUGCGGUCAAAAAAAGACCGUCCAAAAUACCAAUUAUUUCGCGACAACGAUCCGUCUCUUCCGAGCCCAAGUCCCCGAAUACCAGCGGGAGUAAAAUACCCAUUAAGUUGCCCAGUCCGCCCGCUAAAUCCAAAAAUAUGGAACCGCUAAAGUUGCCGAAAGAUAUACCUAGCGGUAUGACAUCGGCAGAUGUCGCAACAAAACCUCCAACGAAAGUGACUAGGAAGAUUAGUCUACCAUCAUUUAAAACUUCUUUCGAAUCAAACGCCAGUUCUAAGAAAAUGUCCUACACAAAGUCGCUGGACAAUGACAGCGAGUCAUCCGUGUCCGACAGCAAUAUUGAAGAUUUGUUAGAUCCCAGUACCGACGAUGAUUUCGAUGACUUCGAGGAGUACGAGGAAAUCAUAUCGGACACAGGACAAUUUGAGAAUUUUGCAGAGAAAAGUUUAAAUCUCGAUGUGGAUAGGUUAAAAUGGGACAGCGGUGUACGCAAGAACUAUAGCAUCGAGGAAACGUGCGAAAGCGAGGAGUACAGUUCCGAAGAAGAACAGGAACUGGACGAGACCGAAGAUGACUACAGUAAAAGUGAUUUAGGAGCUGUGGAUGUCAAAGAUCUUACCGAAAUUGAAAAGAUGGAGCGCCAAGCUAGAAGAUUACUGGCUGAAGGUGAGGUGAAGAACUACCAACAAGCAGAACUAGCUGUAAGCCUAAUUGCUUUGAAGUUUUCGGCCGACGAAGCUCUCGAAGCGGUAAAAGACUGCAACAAUUUGGACGCCGCGAUCGCCUUCCUGAGGCAAGACUGCGAAUUGUGCGCAGGAAAAUAUCCCAUGAACCAAAUCGUGUCCAUGCUGAAGUGCGUUCACAAGUGCUGUCAGGAAUGCGCAAAAAACUACUUCACGGUACAGAUUAUGGAUAGAAGCAUCAUGGACUGCAAUUGCCCGUUCUGCAAACAACCGGAUCUCGGUUCCGGUGUCAUUUCUGGGGACGAAAUAUCCGAUUACUUCGCAAACCUGGAUAUUCUACUGAAGGCUAUACUGGACCCUCUUGUACACGAGCUCUUCCAGCAAAAGUUGAGGGACAGGACGCUGAUGCAAGAUCCGAAUUUCAAGUGGUGCGUUCAGUGUUCAUCCGGAUUCAUCGCCCAUCCGAGACAGAAGAGGCUCAUAUGUCCAGACUGCAAGUCCGUCACUUGCGCAAACUGCCGAAGACCGUGGGAAAAACAACACGAAGGUAUCACUUGUGAGAAAUUCGCCGAAUGGAAAGACGCGAACGAUCCAGAAAACCAGGCCACGGCCGUGGCUAAGCACUUGGCCGAAAACGGACUAGACUGUCCCAAGUGCAAAUUCAGAUAUUCUUUGGCAAAGGGCGGUUGCAUGCACUUCACCUGCACCCAGUGCAAGUACGAGUUCUGCUACGGCUGCGGCAAACCUUUCAUGAUGGGCGCCAAGUGCGGCUUGAGUCAAUACUGCGCGAAGCUCGGUCUCCACGCCCACCAUCCGCGGAACUGCUUGUUCUAUUUGAGGGAUAAGGAGCCGCAGGAGUUGCAGAAGUUGCUGCGGGACCACAAAGUUCCUUACGACACGGAGGCCAGUGCAGGCGACAAACCCAGCGGGACCGUUAUCAAGUGUUUGGUACCGUUGCAAAGGGAAACGCCCACUCGCUUGGUGGAUACCAUAUGCAAUAAUGAAGUGCUGGCGGGACACGCGGGCCUUUGCAGGCUUCAUUACGUCGAGUAUUUAGUUGGGCUCAUUGGCAGACAUAAGCUGGACCCAGUCUCUAUUUUGGAUUUGGUCGAGGUCAGCCAGGAGCUGCGUAGACGAGGCAAGGAGGUGCCCGAACGACUUGCGGCAGUCACUGACAAAGAUUACCGAGAUUUAUGCGCCAAGAUUGUUAUGGAACAAAUACCUUUAGAAUAGGUAAAUAGAAUGAUUUUCCAUUGACAAAUAAAAUAACAAUUAUAUAUUUAGAGAAACUCUUUUGUUCCUUUUGGAGUUUAUUAUAUUUAAAAAGUAGAAAUACAUCACAAUAUGAUA